AUGGCUUCCAUUGCUAAAUCUGUGAUUCUAAUGGUGAUCAUGGUGACCACUUUCACGUUUGUUGCUUCCUCAAUCUCUACUAUUCGUCAGGUUUGCAAGAGCACAUUGGAUCAAAACUUCUGCCUUGCAUCGUUAACUGGCUAUCCAGGGGCUCUCAAUGCAAACAUCUCUCAGCUGGCUGUGAUAACUGCAAACAUAUCGUACAAUGAAUCGAUAAAUGUUGAGCAGUUUAUUUUGGGUCUCAACGGAAGUGAAGGCCAGAAAAAUGGCAGCGUUUCCUCUGUACCCCUUAAGGAAUGCGUAGUUUUUUAUGAAGAAGCGGUGUCUGAUCUUCUUAAUUCGUUAUCGGUUCUGAGAAAUCCAAUGGGAGAAGACCCAGGUCUUGUAAACGGUUUACAAAGUGGGGCUUUAACGUUUGUAGGUAUGUGUAAUGAUGAGGUAAAGAAGCUGGCUUCACAAUUAGCUCCUCUGGUUGAGGCUAGAUCUAGAAAUCUUGGGAAAAUGAUCGACAAUGCUCUCGGUGCUAGCAAUGUGCUGUACGGGCUAGAUUAA